GACUCAGAAAGCAAGUUUUGGAGAAACUGGACUUUGAAUUAGCUAAAGGCGAUGAAAGGGCUGCUCUUUCUCUUGUCAAGAAUUCCCAAUCUCAGUCUGGUGGACUCCGUUGCUUUGGUGCUGCUCGACAGGUUGUAAUGUAGAUAGAGGUGAAGGCAAAAUAAUUGUUUGAAGGGAAGCUUUUGCCAACUAUUUUCGUGAGGGCUGAUUCGAUUUGUGAUAGGUAUGUACAACAAUAUAGCGGCUGAUUGUGCGUUGGCCGUGGCAAGGAAGAAGGAAACAUAUAGGUGUGAAGGCAAGCUUUCUUACCAUUAUAAUAAUCAGAAUAGGAAUAUUAGUCUAUUAGAUGUAUGCUUACAUUCUUCUAAUAACAGACUCUGCAAAUUAGGUCAGGACUAGUUAUUGAUAAAGUUCCUUCAGCUUUGGCUAGUGCGAGUUUCAGUUUGGCCAUGUCGCUUAGGCUUCUAAAUGAACUUGUUGCAUAUACAUGGACUUGUAGCUUAAGACGUUUACUUUUGUACUUCAGACCCUGUAAAGCUGAAACUCUGUAUCAAACAUCAAUUACGUGUGUUUGACACUUGACACAGAUAUUAAAUAUGAUAUGAGCACGUUUAAAGUCUUGCACGAUGUGGAUCAUAAUUUCAGAGUGCUUUUAUAAGAAACUAAAUUAUUUUUGGCUUGAAGGUAACAAGCUAAAAUUUUGGAAUCAAAAUUAUGUUAUUUUGGGAAGUUUUACGCACUGUGCAGGUGCCUCAGAGAUUGUAUAGUUUGGAUGAAUUGAAGCUGAAUGGUAUUGAAGCUGCAUCUCUGUUGUCCCCGGUGGACACAACUCUUGGUUCAAUUGAAAGGAAUCUUCAGAUUGCUGCAUUUUUAGGUGGUGUUGCUGCAUGGAAUGCCUUUGAACUUAGCCCCCAACAACUCCUGUAUAUCUCUUUGGGAUUGUUAUUCUUGUGGACAUUGGACUUGGUUUCUUUUAAUGGAGGAAUUUAUAGCUUGGCUCUUGAUACCAUUGGUCAUACUUUUAGUCAAAAAUACCACAGCCGGGUUAUUCAACAUGAGGCUGGACACUUUUUAAUUGCCUACUUGCUUGGCAUCCUUCCUAGCGGGUAUACACUUUCGAGUUUAGAGGCAUUGAGGAAAGAAGGGUCUCUUAAUGUUCAAGCAGGGACAAGUUUCAUAGACUUUGAGUUCCUCGAGGAAAUAAACAAUGGAAAAGUCACAGCCACGAUGCUGAACAGAUUCUCAUGUAUUGCAUUGGCGGGUGUAGCAACAGAGUUUCUAUUAUAUGGAUAUGCUGAAGGAGGCUUAGCUGAUAUUAACAAGUUGGAUGUAUUGCUAAAGAGCUUGGGAUUCACACAGAAGAAAGCAGAUUCACAGGUGAGAUGGGCCGUCUUGAAUACUAUUCUUCUCCUACGUCGUCAUGAAGAAGCUCGAGUAAAACUUGCUGAUGCCAUGUCUAUGGGAAAAUCUGUUGGUUCUUGCAUAAAUGUUAUUGAAGAAGUUAUUAAUGAUGAAGAAUUGGUACAAAAUUUGUGACAUGUUUGCUUAGGGGUUCUGUCUAACAUUAUAUAAUACUAAAUUACUAAAUUCAUCCUCAGCCUGAGGUAUUCCCCUUUUUUGUUGAUAAUUUUCUUUUGAACUUAGGCAAACAAUAAUUUAACCAGAUAAAAAUAGUAUCAUAUUUGUCUGUAGAAAAAUUCAAUAAAUAAAUUGUAUUGUAGUA